UAUUGUGCUCCAAUAAGCUUCUAUAAUUGGUUGUUUAUGUAAUGCAAAUGCUAAAAUAGGUUGUGUUAGAAAGUCAUGUGCUAUUUUAAAAGUGGGUUUUUUUAUGCCGUAAGAUAGCACUGUGUGAGAAACAGGGCAAAAUGUAAGUGUUUAUGAACUGAUCAUAUGCUGUUUUACUCGUGAUUUUUGUAAAAGUGAAUACAAUUCGUUGUUGUAGUGCCUCUAGUGUUUAUUUCACCAAGCAACUGCCACGUAAAAAUAUUUUAUCAAAAAUGUAGGUAUAGUAACGUGAUUCAUGUUGCAUUUAUUUCUGUAAAAGGUGCAGAACGAGUUGCAUGCCAAAGUUUAAGACUUUAGGGUUUGGGGUUUACAGCAAAUCUCUACAUUUUUAACCCUAGUAAUUUUAACCCAGGGCAGUCGGUAAAAUGUUGGUAAAGGCAAAAAGGAGAAGGGAGGAAACUAUUAAUCAUUUAACAGUGGCUGAAAACUGAAGCCUAGAAACAGGCAAACCAAUGAGGAGCAAGAUCUUUGUAUCCUAAGCAGAUUUUCAGCAGAAUCCAGCACUGUCAUGCUGCCUCAGAAAGCAGCAACGCAGGCUUCAGGGUCUGGUACUGUGGAAAACGGUGACAUGCGUGUAUAUGAAAAUGUGUGUCUGACUGCACGUGUGUGCUUGUGAGAAAAAUAAUGAGAGGGUGGGGGAGGGAGCAGGGAGUGUGAAUGCUAAAUCUAGGCAAGGGCAGACAAGGACAAAGAAGGAUUGUGUCUUGCCAGUAAAAUAUUUUAAGCUGUCAGCUAUUUAAUGUAGGAUUUGAAAUAGGAAAUGAGAGGAAAUUGAAAUUACAAGAAGAAAAGAGAGAUUACAGUGCAGCCCACCCUCCAUCCUAGCACAUAGACACAGAUAUACUAAUUUAAGAACAGUGUGAUUAUUGUUAACGAAUAAUAAACAGAAACUAAAGUGAAAACAUUUGCAUUAACUGAAAUAAUAAAAGAAAAAAUCAUAAUUGGAAAAACAAACUAAAUUAAAAUACAUUAUCAUGAAUCCAAAUGAUGCUAAAUAAAAUAAAAGUAAUCACAAAUAUUUGCUUUUGAUAUAUAAAUAUAAAAUGUAAAACCUUUACAACCUGCCCUUAUAAACGUAAAAAUGCUACUAGAUAGCGAUAACAUAGACAACCAUGAGAAUUUUGUGGCAGUAAACACAUUUAAAUUAUGUACGUUUACGCAAACUAAAAAGAAAACUGAAUAUACUGAAAAACUAAAUCCAAACUGAAAUAAGAAAACACAAAAAAACUACAAAAUAACAUAUAGUGAACUCUAAUGAAAACAAAACUGAAUUGAAAGGAUAAACUCAAAAUAGAAAUAAAACCUCAUAUCAUAUAAUACUACUCAAAACUGGAUCAUGAGAAAGCCUUCAGUGUCUUGGAGCUAAAAAAGAAGAGACUUUGUCUUUAGUUCAGAUUGCCUGGGGAAAUAUCGCUGCCAUUUGCCUUUUACCCUUGACCACUGGGGUCACUAACAGUAUCUUUCAUUGUGAAUUAAUUUUAUAGAUUAGAUUAUAUAGUAGGGUAGAUGUAGAUGAAAACAUCUGGGUUCAAUAGGACGCUUGUUCCAUCAACAUCAACAUGAGAUCAUACAUUGGCUAAUGUAUUAAAGAGCCAUUGUUCCUUUGGAAAGUCUCCACCCUGGAGCUCAUUGUUUGUCACAGAUCUUUGCCAUUUCCCUGGAGGCCUGAGUGUAUAUGUCACCGCUUUACCAUUGGAGAUGGUCGGCUGGCAUGGAAACGCCACCCUCAACUGCUUGUUUCUAACCAGAAAACCUAAAUCAGUUCUUAGAAGACGACUUCUCUCUUUAUCGCUCUGUCACUUUCAUUUGCUCGUAUUCCAUCCAAGAAGUGUCCUUUUAGGACAUUUUCACUCACUGAAAUGCCCGUAAUUCAGGUCUUUAAUGCUUUAAUUCAGUCCUGGGAUUAAAUGUUCAUUGUGCAGUCUAAUCUGGAAUAAAUUGCAUAAUGUAAUCUCUGUAAAAAGGGGUUAUGUAAUGACCCCGCCACUGCAGUGACACUGACAGUUUAGAAGGGAGUGUUUGACAGGUCUGAGUACAGCUUAUUAUGCUUAUACUUUUACCCAUUUUCUUCUUUUGCUGUUUCCUCCCAUCAUGUACAGUCCCCUUGGAUGUAUAUGCUGAUAUUCAAUUUGCCCUGCCUAUUUAAGACCCCAUGAAAUGGUUUGACACACACAAUUUCCUGUGUUAACAUGUUUACUAUUGAAACAGGGAGUUGGGGAGGGAAAUAUCAAAGGGCUUGUCCUUUUCUUAUGUACCAAACCCAGUAUUUGCAUCCAUCUGCAUUGGUUUCCCAUUGUUUUUCUAUGUAAACAUACGCAAGACUGACAUUUUUAACGUUGUGCCACUUCUCACUGUUGUUGUUUUCAGCAUCUCGCACAGGAGAACAUAGUUUUUUAGGCAUUGUGUCAGGUUAAAAAGAACAUCAACUUCAAAUACAAUGUGUCUCAAUACACCUGCAUUCUGUUCUAUUCGUUGAACUGCAUUGAGCUUUUUAAGUGCAAGAAUGUGUUCGGUCUGAAUACUAGCCAUUGGUAUUAGAAAGAGGGUCGUUCUUAUUCUAGACAGCAUUUUAUUGGACAAAAAUGCAUAUAUGCCUUCAAUGUGUUUGGUCCAUUUUCCUGGAAGAUGUGGUCUUUAAAGGGUCAUGAAACACUAAUCUACAUUUUAUGAGAUGUUAACAGAUGUGUUGCAAAUGAUAGAAUAGUAUUCUUUAAUUUAAAUUUUAGGAGGAAUGUGGUUAAUUUAGGGAUUUUUUGCGCUAAUCUCUUCUUCCGGGAUGUGACGUUUCCUCUUACUAUAGUACAUCAUCGCGUCAUCAGUGUCAGAUAAUUGUUAAUGAGACUGCUUGACCUUAUCCUAUGAGAAGGCGAUAUGUCACGGUUAUUCAUGACACCACGUGACAUUCCCAUAAAAUGAGAGCUUCAAACACUGAAGCGGGUAAUCCCUGGCCGCAAGUGUUCAAGACCGCACGGCUUCUCUGCGAUGAUGACAGAGGGAUGGUGACAUGCAGUGAGGUGGACUGGGGCUCAUUUGAGGCGCUGAUAGUCUUAGACACAAAUGCUAUCAAUGGAUUCAUUCUUAAUAGGUCAAACUUGAAAAUAGCACAAGAUCAUUGGUUGAGAGCGAUGCAGAUGUCUCUGUGGAAACUGCAGGGUGAAGUGUGUGAAAGAGAGAUACUUGGAAUUACAGCAUGGCUCUGCAGUGGGGCAUGUGUAGAGGUGGACUCUGACACGGAGGCUGUGAUGGGUAAUGGCUUCAAACUGGGCUGCAUCUCUUGCAAGAUGCGAGGGGAAGUGCCAGCCUCUGCCACAGUGGACUGGUGGUUCAUGGCCAAAGGCGAGAGUGAAUUUACACAUCUCUACAGUUAUGUAGAAAUGACUGGCUACAUAGUGGAUGACCGUUUUGUUGACCGCUUGGACUGGAAUGGCAGUAAAAAAACGGUGGACGUGCAGGAUGGCUCCAUUUACAUCCUCAACGUUACCUACAAUGAUACAGGAACCUACCGAUGCUACUUUGACCGGAUCCUCAUCUUCCCCAAUUAUGAGUUCCGUACCAAUGCCACCAAGUUUAUCACCAUCAACGUAGUGGGCAAAGCUACCCGAGGCAUGGCAUCCAUCCUUUCUGAGAUUAUGAUGUAUGUGUCCAUCAUUGGGCUGCAGUUAUGGCUGGUGGUUGAGAUGGUCUACUGUUACCGGAAGAUAGCAGCAGCAGGAGAAGAAGCACUUCGAGAGAGCGAGGCGGAAUAUUUAGCUAUAACCUCUGAGAGCAAAGAUAACUGUGCAGGUGUAACGGUGGCAGAAUAACACAGGGCCAAAGAAACUCUCAAGCAUAAAGCUCUCCAUCCAUUAUGACAUCGCCAACUGACUCCUUCAUCACCUUCACCGGCGCUCCGUGCAACCACAGGCUGCCGUUUUCAGCAUGACUGUGACCGAAUAACCAUUCUAAAUCAUCAGGGAAAAACACGCAGCUAUACAUUGCGCAGCUAUGGACAUUUUUUGUUUUUAAAUAAGGCCCUGACAUUGCGUUACUUUAUAGACAGCAGCUUUGAGGUUAACAAAUGAAUCUAAUGAAGCAUGACUAUGUAACACUGAACAAUACGAAUUGUACAUGUGUUUGAGCUUUUAACAACUUUAAAAAAAAAUGAUAUCACUGGUAGGCUAUUUCUGCUGAGCCAAAGGAUAUCAGAAAUAUUCAUAAAUAUAUAAAUACCUAAUUUUAUAUCAAGCCACAUGAAAAGAAAUAUAUAUAAAAAUAUGAUGUUAAAGAAUUUAAUGAUAAAUGUGAUAAAUUAAUACAUCUAUUUAUUUAUAUCACUAUUUAUCUCAUGAAAAAGAUCAAAAGAAAAAUGAAACGGUGGGCAAGAAAACAAAGCGACUGACAUAUAUGCAUAGAAAUCAGGCUGACUUUCGCCGAAGAUUUCUCUUGUUUGACAGCUGGGUACUGUGGUAACAAUUUUAGUGCACAUUAACAAAAAGAGCUUCCUAUCUGUAUACUUGUCCCUUUCACGUACAGGUAAUUCGAACCAGAACUAAUUUCACCACGACUAAGCUAACCAUAAAUUUAACGUUUUCUCACUGACACAUACAGUAACUAAUCCUUCACUUAAAUGACAAAGGAAUGUUUUUUUCUUUUUGUGUUAACAAAAUAUUUGCACAGUUAUCAGCAACCAACAUUUACUGUUCACUGUACUCUUGUUACUAAACAGAAAAGACUUUGAGCAACACAAAGCACAAAAUAUCUGUUCUGGGCCAAAAGCAAACACUGUAAAGUAUAUAAAGCUCGCAGAUCUAAUCCAUGUAGCCUAUAGGCUCUGCCUCUCAAUUUGUGCAAAUCUUGAAUAAAUGUUACGAUUAUGUUAUGCAACCUAUAAAAGAGGGGAAAAAAUGCAUUGUUGCUUAUGAUAACGUAGCAUAGUACAGCUUCAAUAAAAUCUACAGAGAUGUGAUAAAAAAUAUUUUUUAAAAAACAGUACUAUGAUCAAUAUUAAUUAUGUGCCGUAGAUAAGAGCCGCUUCUCCGUUUCUUUCCCGGUGCCAUUCUGUACCCAUUUGAGCUCAUUGGCAUUGUUACGAUUACUUUUUACAUCAUGAUGCUGUGAAAUCGGGAUUAGUCAGGACUAACUGGGCUAUUGACCAAUCGCGAGUCGCCAUGUCACUACAGGCGUUCCACCAGCAUGGUUGAGUACGGUUAUUUUACUGUGCUGAGAGGUCAGCUAUAUCGCAAGCCCUUUUCAACAUUUAAGCAUGUGCAGGAUAUGAAUGAUAGAUAUCUAUCAUUUAAUUUUCACUAGUUAAAGUUCUUGAUAUCAGCAAUAGAAUUACUACUAGUGAAAAUGCUACAUUUUGUAUCAGUAAUUACAUUUGCACUAGUAAAAAUUUUCAUUCUUGAUAUAAAAAUGACAUCAUUACCCAUGUAAUACACAUUUUUUAUAUAAUUUCAACUAGUAAAAUUUUUUUUUUCCUGAUAAAUGCAUUUUACCCAGUAGAAUUUAACAAUCUGUCAUUCACUGCUGUUUAAAACACAAUUACAGUUAUACAGAAUUAAUUUCUUACUAGUAGAAUUUCCAAUUUUACAUAUCAGUAAUGCACUACUUAUAAAAACGAUAUAAUAUCAAUAACUGAAUUACAACUAGUAAAAAUGCUAAUUUUUGAAUUUUUACAAUAUCUUUAAUUACACUUCAAUUUAUCAAUGUCUAAAAUCCAUUUCCAGAUACCUGAAAUACCAAAUCUGACAUGUUCACCAGUUGUAAUUCAAUUGCUGAUAUCAGGAAUGGACAUUUAUACUAGAAACAAUGUAAUUAUUGAUAUAAAGUUUGGAAUAAUGUCCAGAUUUUACUCUUAUGGAAAGAAAUAGGCACUUGAAUUCACCAAAGUGGCAUUCAACUGAUCACAAUAUAUAGUCAGAACAUUAAUAAUGUGAAAAAUUACUAUUACAAUUUGAAAAAAAAAAAAUGUUCAGAACUUCUUAAACUACUUCAAAGAGUUCUCAUCAAAAAUCCUCUACGUGCAGCAAUGACAGCUUUGCAGAUCCUUGGCAUUCUAGCUGUCAGUUUGUCCAGAUACUCAGGUGACAUUUCACCCCACGCUUCCUGUAGCACUUGCCAUAGAUGUGGCUGUCUUGUCGAGCACUUCUCACACACAUUACAGUCUAGCUGAUCCAACAAAAGCUCAAUGGGGUUAAGAUCCAUAACACUCUUUUCCAAUUAUCUGUUGUGGCAACUCAAAAACAAACACAAAGACAAUGUUAAGCUUCAUAUAAUGAACCAAAUAGCUUUAAGCUGUGUUUGAUAUAAUGGCAAGUGAUUUUCUAGUACCAAAUUAGCAAUUUAUCAUGAUUACUCAAGGAUAAGGUGUUGGAGUGAUGGCUGCUGGAAAUGGGGCCUGUCUAGAUUUGAUCAAAAAUGACUUUUUCAAAUAGUGAUGGUGCUGUUUUUUUACAUCAGUAAUGUUCUGACUAUACUUUGUGAUCAGUUGAAUGCCACUUUGGUGAAUUAAAGUACCAAUUUCCUUCUGAAACAGCAAAAUCUGUACAUUAUUCCAAAUUUUUGGCUGCCAGUGUAUGUAUUUGAAAUUGAAUCGUAAGAAAUGAAUUAUAGAUAUUCCUAACUGCCUUUUGAACAGGAAUGAAUGAAAGAUCAUUGUGAAAAUCUACUAGUGAAAAUGCAGUUACAGAUAUUGUUACUUUUUUUACUAGCUGAAAUUUUUUUUUUUUUUUAAAUAUCAAGUAUGGGUAAUUCCCGGAGUAAUUAAACUGUUUUUGAUAAAGAAUUACCGUUUUUACUAGUGCAAAUGUAAUUACUGAUAUCAAGAAUUAGCAUUUGACGUAGUGAAAAAUUAAUUGUAGAUAUCUUUAUUAAUAUCUAGCACAUGAUUAAUUGUCAAAAGGGCGAGUGAUAGGGCUGGAAACGGUUUGUAACUGUUCCAUACCGAACCAUGCUCAAGUGGAAAUGCCAAAGGAAGCGUUACUCUCUUUUUUUCAGGACUUUUUGGCCCGAUGGUGGGAACACAGCUAAGCUGUACUAUUAAGAAUUAUUCAUAAUGUUGACCCAACCCCUUACCCCUCUCUUUUUUUGUCUUUGCUGACAAAAUAAUCAAGGGCUGCAUGAAAUUAAGAAUGACUAAAGUCGAGUUCAGUGUGUGUCUCGUGUAGGACCAUUUAUUUCAUUUUAUUUUUUUAUCCCGUUUUUUCCCAAUCUGGAAUGCCCAAUUCCCACUACUUAGUAGGUCCUCGUGGUGGCACGGUUACUCACCUCAAUCCGGGUGGCGGAGGACAAGUCUCAGUUGCCUCCACUUCUGAGACAGUCAAUCCGUGCAUCUUAUCACGUGGCUCAUUGUGCAUGACACCGUGGAGACUCACAGCAUGUGGAGGCUCAUGCUACUCUCUGCGAUCCACGCACAACUUACCACGCGCCCCAUUGAGAGCAGGAGCCACUAAUCACGACCAUGAGGAGGUUACCCCAUGUGACUCUACCCUCCCUAGCAACCGGGCCAAUAUGGUUGCUUAGGAGACCUGGCUGGAGUAACUUAGCACCCUGGAUUUGAACUCGCGACUCCAGGGGUGGUAGUCAGCGUCAAUACUCGCUGAGCUACCCAGGCCCCCAAGCUUCUGGCUCUUAAUGCAUGAUGUUUUUUAAAAGAACAAAUCAAUGACAAGAAGGUAAAGCAGGAAUCAAAUGUAUUCAUUCAGAAGUGCAAUAAAAACCAUCCAGUCUUUACUCUCCCUCUUAGUAGCCAAUUUCUGGUAGUGACUACAGAGGACAGCACAACCCUGCCAAAGUCUCACUGCCUUUAUGCAUGAAUAAUCAAUUCUGAGACGUCCCAACACUGGUUCUUAUUUUUUUUAUAUCUUUCAUUCUGGGGUUGUUAAAUUUGUAGAUUUCUACUGCAUGAAUUUAAAUAUACUUUUAGUACUUCACACUGUCAUAAACAUGGAUCAUUCCUGCUUGAGCAAAAGUUUAAUACCACAGCUGCUUUAAGUGCUGUAAUUAUUAAAAAAAUUACAUGGUAUUGUAACACUUUGAUGUCACAGAAAAUUGACAAUGUCUGCACAUUUGUGGGACUCUGUACAGUAUGCACAGAAGAUUCUAUAGCCUCAACAAAUCAAGUAUGCAGCUCAUGCUUAAGUGAAAGUGUUGCUUGCCAAAAAAAAAAAAAAAAAAAAAAUUACAGAACAAGAAUAAAAUACACUGAAAAUUAAA